AGCUCUAUUCCCCGGCCCCUAAGCAAGCCUCGCUGCUCCCCCCACCACUCUCCCUCGUUUAGCAACCCUAGCUUCAAGCUUCAAGCUUGUGCCUUCUUCGAUUGCCUCCUUCCAUUCUUCUCCUUCAAGCGUCCUUCUCCGUCGACACAACCCUUAAGAGAGAGAGAGAGAGAGAGACCGCAUAAUGGCCGGUAAAGGUGAGGGUCCGGCCAUCGGAAUCGACCUCGGGACGACCUACUCCUGCGUCGGGGUGUGGCAGCAUGACCGUGUCGAGAUCAUCGCCAACGACCAGGGGAACUGGACGCCGUCGUACGUGGGGUUCACUGACACUGAGCGCCUCAUCGGCGAUGCCGCCAAGAACCAGGUCACGAUGAACCCGAUGAACACUGUAUUCGAUGCCAAGAGAUUGAUUGGCCGGAGAUUCAGUGACGCAUCUGUACAGAGUGAUAUUAAAUUGUGGCCAUUCAAGGUCAUUCCUGGGCCUGGUGACAAGCCCAUGAUUGUGGUCAACUACAAGGGUGAGGAGGAACAGUUUGCUGCUGAGGAGAUCUCUUCCAUGGUCCUCAUGAAGAUGCGUGAGAUUGCUGAGGCUUAUCUUGGAUCAGCCGUGAAGAAUGCUGUGGUCACUGUCCCAGCGGCCUUCAAUGACUCUCAGCGUCAGGCCACCAAGGAUGCUGGUGUCGUCGCAGGCCUAAAUGUGAUGCGUAUCAUUAAUGAGCCUACAGCAGCUGCAAUUGCUUAUGGUCUUGACAAGAAAGCAACCAGUGUUGGCGAGAAGAUUGUCUUGAUCUUUGACCUCGGUGGUGGUACGUUCAGUGUCUCUCUUCUCACCAUUGAGGAGGGUAUCUUUGAGGUGAAGGCCACCGCUGGUGAUACCCACCUUGGUGGAGAGGACUUUGACAACAGAAUGGUCAACCAUUUUGUCCAAGGGUUCAAGAGGAAGCACAAGAAGGACAUUAGUGGCAACCCCCGAGCCCUCAGGAGGUUGAGGACAUCUUGCGUAAGGGCCAAAAGGACACUCUCAUCCAUGGCCCGGACCACCAUUGAAAUUGAUUCCUUGUAUGAGGGCGCUGAUUUCUACUCAACCAUCCACCGUGCCAGAUUUGAGGAGCUCAACAUGGACCUUUUUGGGAAGUGUAUGGAGCUGGUUGAGAAGUGUUUGAGGGAUGCCAAGAUGGAUAAGAAUACGGUCCAUGAUGUUGUCCUUGUUGGAGGUUCAACUAGGAUACCUAAGGUUCAGCAGCUUCUGCAGGAUUUCUUCAAUGGCAAGGAACUUUGCAAGAGCAUUAACCCAGAUGAGGCCGUUGCCUACGGUGCUGCUGUUCAAGCUGCCAUCUUAAGUGUUGAGGGAAAUGAGAAAGUACAGGAUCUCUUGCUGUUGGAUGUCACCCCACUCUCCCUUGGUCUUGAGACUGCCGGUGGUGUCAUGACUGUGUUGAUCCCAAGGAACACCACCAUCCCCGUGAAGAAGGAGCAAGUUUUCUCUACCUGCUCAGACAACCAGCCCGGUGUGCUCAUCCAGGUAUAUGAAGGUGAGAGAGCGAGGACCAGGGACAACAACUUGUUGGGUAAAUUUGAGCUCUCAAGCAUUUCCCCGGCUCCUAGUGGCGUCCCUCAAAUUACUGUGUGCUUUGACAUUGACACCAAUGGUAUCUUGAACGUGUCUGCUGAGGACAAGACCCCUCGUCAAAAGAACAAGAUCACCAUUACCAACAAGAUCACCAUUACCAAUGACAAGGGAAGGCUAUCCAAAGAGGAGAUCGAGAAGAUGGUUGAAGAGGCAGAGAAGUACAAGUCCGAGGACGAAGAGCACAGGAAGAAGGUUGAGGCUAAGAACGCCUUGGAGAAUUACGCCUACAACAUGAGGAACACCAUUAAGGAUGAAAAGAUUGGCGCCAAGCUUCCGCCUGCUGAUAAGAAGAUUGACGAUGCCAUGGAGCAGGCCAUCCAACGGUUGGACGGCAACCAGAAGGAGUUGGAGAGCAUCUGCAACCCCAUCACCGCCAAGAUGUACCAAGGUGCUGGUGCCGACAUGGGUGCAGGAGUGGACGAUGCUGGUCCUGCUCGUGGUGGAAGCGGAGCUGGUCCUAAGAUUGAGGAGGUCGACUAAUUGUUCUCCAUGGCUAUCUUUAUCUACUGUUUUUUCCCCGCCCUUUUUCUGUUUAUGUCCACGAUUUGCAAGCUUACUCCCAUUUUGGCUUUGGGUCUUUU